CAACAAGCUCCUUUCCUCCUUUCUCUCCCAAUAAUUGACCAAGAUUAUCUUCUUCAAACAAGAUAUCAUUCAAUAAUUAUCAUCAAGAGAAAGAAUCAUUCACCAUAAAACAAUUAUUUACGAUAAAAUAUUUUGGCGCAUUUUUUAAUUUGGACUUCAAUUAUAGCAAACUCGAUUCUCUUUAUUUUUCAUCAUCCACACAAUUAGUAAGCAAUAUAAUUUUCAUAACCCAAAAGAAAAAAAACAAAUGACAUUAUCUUCAGCAGCAGAAACAUCAGCAACAUUAGAAAUUUCUGGUAAUUUGAUUAAAAAUUCAUCGGAAUAUGUGAGGGAAAUGAUAAAUAAUUUCGGAAGCACCAACAAGACAACACAACUAUGUUCUAUUGGUGGUGGAUUAUUGGGAAGUUUAUUCAUGUUAAGGUGGAUUGUUGGAGUUUCUAAAAAGUCAAAGGAAAAGAAGAAGGAAAUUGAAAGGAUUUUCAAGGAAAUUCAACAAGAUUGUAGACAACAAGUCAAUGAAUUGGUCAAGAAGGAAAAUGUCUUGUCAAAGAAACAGAAAAUUGGUGUCUUGAUUGUUAAUUUGGGAACUCCUUCACAAGCCACUCAUCAUUAUGUUUACAGAUAUUUGUCUCAAUUUUUAAUGGAUGGUCGUGUGAUUGAUGUGAGCUACUUGUUGAGAUUUUUAUUGGUGAGAGGAAUUAUUGUUCCAUUCAGAUAUAAGAGAUCGACUCGAUUCUAUCAAGAAAUUUGGAAGAAUAAGGAUUAUUCAAAUUCAGAAUGUUCUCCACUCAAAUAUAAUACCACUAGUUUGGUUUCUAAAGUGAGUGAAAAUUUGAAAGGAUUGAAUGAUGACAAUUGUGAAUUCCAAGUGGAAAUGGCCAUGAGAUAUCAAGAACCUUCAAUUGAAAGUGGUUUGAAAAAGCUUGAAGGUUGUGCACAUAUUGUAGUGGUGCCACUCUUCCCACAAUAUGCAAGUGCAACCACUGGAUCUACUCAUGAAGAAUGCAUGCGUGUUGUAAUGAAAUGGUUGACUAUUCCAAGUUUACAUUUUAAUAGUACAUUCAAUUUGAUGGACAUGUUUAUCAAAUCCAAUGUGAAGAGAAUUCAAGAAGCUCUUCAAAGAACCAAGACUGAAAGAGAAAAUCAACCAUUCGAUCACCUCCUUCUCACUUAUCACAGUCUUCCAGUUCGUCAUGUCACUCAAGAAUUCCAAGAAAAGAAGAGUUUACAAUAUUCCUACUAUCAACAAUCCUUUGAGACUAGUGUUGCAAUUUUGAAAGAAUUAUUCAACUGCACAGCAGAAGAAUUAAUCCAAGAUGAAACCAAUGUUGGAUGGUUUACUUACAAGAGAAGUCAAUCUGAUUCAAGUGAUGACUAUUCCUCCAAUUUCACACCAACUCUCCAAAUUUCCACAUGUUUCCAAAGCAGAUUAGGUAAGGAACCUUGGCUUGAACCUUACACCUCAAAAACUCUUGGACUCUUGGCAAAACAAUCAAGUCGUGUCCUCAUUGCUUGUCCAUCAUUCACUUCUGAUUGCAUUGAAACAGAUCACGAAUUGGAAAUUGAGGAAAAGGAAGAAUUCUACUUGAAGGGAGGUAAAUACAUGGCUGUUGCUCGAUGUGUCAACGAUGAUGACCUAUUUGCCAAUGGAUUGACUGAUUUAAUUGCUAAAUAUAAACAAGUUUUGUAAGCUUUAU